UUCGCAAUCUCUUCCCCAAUUCUUCCCAACCCAAAGAAUCCAAUAACAAACACUCGAUCCAAAAAAUAACCAAACCAAUCGUUAGUAUCGAUCGAGUUUGUGUAUUUGCUCGCUACAUUAGCAAUUCAACGUUUCACAUUCCGUCAGCAACAUCAAAAUGGGUUUGAAAUCACUCUUUAACCGCAACAAGGAUCAGAUCCCAUCAGCCACGCCCUCCCGAUCCACGUCAAUGUCCGUGCGCUCACGCGCGCGUCUCGCGGCUGAGCUUGAACAAGUCUUCAACAAAUUCGACGUUAACGGCGACGGCAAGAUCUCGGCGUCGGAACUCGGAUCCAUCAUGGGGAGCCUGGGCCAACCCGCCACCGAGCAAGAGCUCGACAACAUGAUCCGCGAAGUUGACGGUGACGGUGACGGCUGCAUCAGCCUCCAAGAGUUCAUCGAACUCAACACCAAAGGCGUGGAUUCCGACGAGGUUCUCGAGAAUCUCAAGGACGCUUUCUCCGUCUUCGACAUUGACGGUAACGGCUCCAUCACUGCCGAGGAACUCAACACCGUCAUGCGGAGCCUCGGCGAAGAGUGCUCACUCGCCGAAUGCCGGAGAAUGAUUGGCGGCGUCGAUAGCGACGGUGACGGGAUGAUUGACUUCGAGGAAUUCAGAGUGAUGAUGAUGAUGGGUUCUCGCCAUGAUACUACUGAUAGAGUUAAACCCACCGAAGUUUGA